CCAGGAUCAGCUAGCAGCCGAUAUGUACAAUUUUGUUUCCAAAGAGGGGGAGUAUGGUCAGUUAUUUGUCUCGACAAGUGGACGGAGAAGCCAGCAUUUGGGACGGCUUUAGAAGAACACUUGAAGCGGAGCUCACGGGAGAUCGCACUUCCCAUAGAAGCCUGUGUGAUGAUGCUGCUUGAAACGGGGAUGAAGGAGGAGGGAUUGUUCAGGAUUGCGGCUGGAGCCUCCAAACUGAAGAAGCUGAAAGCAGCUCUGGACUGUUCCACCUCCCAGCUAGAGGAGUUUUAUUCAGACCCACACGCUGUAGCAGGUGCCUUAAAGUCUUAUCUGCGUGAGUUGCCAGAACCCCUGAUGACCUUCAGCUUGUAUGAUGAAUGGAUUGCUGCUGGGAAUGUACCGGACCAGAACACCAAACUUCAGAACUUGUGGGUUGUGUGCCAGAAAUUACCGAAACCUAACUAUGAAAACUUCAGGUAUCUGGUGAAGUUCUUGGCCAAGCUCAGUCACUACAGCGAUGUGAACAAGAUGACUCCAAGCAAUAUAGCCAUUGUGUUGGGUCCUAACUUGCUGUGGGCGAAGCAUGAAGGAACACUGGCAGAAAUAGCAGCCGCAACUUCAGUCCAUGUGGUGACAAUCAUUGAGCCUAUCAUACAACAUGCAGACUGGUUUUUCCCUGAAGAGGUGGACUUCAAUGUAUCUGGCGCCUUUGUCCCAGCCACUCCAGCUUCCCACAAUAACGUGUCCAGUGGAAAUGAUGUGUCAUACGAGUUUGGUCUGUUUGACAACAAGAAGAGGCCGUUUAGCAUGGCCAUUGCAGAAGACCUCCUAAAAAAGGACAGUGUUGGCCUCAAAGUUUUGGACUUCCAAUUUAAUACGAGGAGAGGAGGAACAUUAAACCGAAAACAUGCAUCCCCUGCUUUUCAUCCGCCGCUACCACCCAAUGAUGGUGGGACACAGGCAGAGCCAGCUGGGACCCCAGCAGAUGUUACCACUGCUAACAGUUAUCCUGCACAGCCUGCAGUCCCUGUAGAGCCUGUGGCAGCUUAUGGACAAGAAGAGGCCAGCACAAACAAGACCAAAGAAACUCCUACCGCAACCACACCCCCAUCUCUGCGGAAUGGAUCUCUUGCAUCUUCUGGAGGCAACACAAACCAGUUAGUGGUUGUUCCUGCGCAAGGUGCUGCUGCCAACCCAAGUCCUCACUCCAUCAGACGAGUUACUAAGAAACCUGCCCCAGCUCCUCCAAAGCCAGUAAUUCCCCCUCCUGUACAACCUGGAAAUCAGAAUGUGCCUGUUGCAGCUAAUACCCCUCCUUCCAUCUCUCCCAAACCCUCUAGCCAUGGCCAUAGUGCCUCUCCGCCAAACAGUACCAGUAAUCAAAGCGGAACAGCAGCUCCCACUUCACAUUCACAAGGCACCUUACCACGUAGGCAUUCGGGUAGCCAGCCAUUCAUACAGGCACCGAAUCAUCCUCCCCCACAGCCACCCUCCCAACCAGCACCACAGCCACCCACCCAACCAGCACCACAGCCCAAGCCCACAAUUCAGUCCACCGCGUCAUCCACAGAGUCAGCCACAGAGCAAUCUUCCAGCCCCUCACACUCCCCAACACCACCAGAUACUCCUCCUCCCAUUGCAGAUCACCCAGCUGCCCAGGGCAUCCUGCCGGAAGCCACCCAGACCCACCCAUUACCUCAGCAAAACUCUGGCACCCUUCCUCGACCGCGCCCUGUCCCCAAACCACGUAUCCGACCAACUGUCCCCCCCUCCUCCCCAGCCCCCAGCAUCUCAUUUGCCUGGAGAGAUACAAUCACCAUCUACUUCCAAGAUCAUCACUGGUUGGGAAAGUUACCGGUAUUU